UAUAUGCUGACCACACGGACCACCUGUCUUUCUAGCUCUUGGGUUGUGCGCCAGCGUGUUCCCCUUUUCUCUUCCAUCUCCUUUUUAUUCUCUCUCUCUCUCUCUCUCUCUCUUCAUUCUCCUUCUCGUAGUGUAGUGGUGGUUUUCUUUUUUUCCGAGUUUUUCGCCCAUCCAUUCGGGGGUCCGUCCUGUUGGUUGGCGUACGCGCCCCUUAAACUAUCUCGUCGACGAGUACCGCUCUGCGGCUCUGCCGACACUCAGUCCACGUUGAGCCGUGGGGCACUUCACAACUCCCCACAACCGCUCCUCUCUUCUCGUUUCCUUCCUCUCGACAACAAUGAUCCGCGGUGCGUGCGUUCCAGUCACCACCCGCCCCCUUUGUUUUGUAAACAAAAGGAAACACACACACACAAAAAAAGCAGUAGAUUUUCUCGUUUAAAUGUAAUCACCACUAGAGAAGCAGAAACCGACGAACAUUUGGAAGACGGCGAAGAAAAUGUCAUUGCAUCCGAAACUAUCAAAAUCUUACAUCCGCUAGAGUGGGAGGAGGGAUACCUGAAGGCAGUAGAAGAAUUGGAUUUGUCGUUACCUUUGCAAAUGACAGACGCUCAGUGGUUAUUUGAAAUCAGAGAAUGUUCUUUAUUCAUCAACAAAGUAUGGAAACCAAUGCUCAAGGAUCUGCAAGGCAUCAAAGGCUGUGUCGUUUUCAUGGACGCCAUGGAUUCAACGGUGUCGGAGAGGUAUCCAUUGUGCAAAGAAGAUUUUCACGUCCUUGUAUGCGAAUGUGCCUCCGAAUGGAAGGACUUGGCUCGCACUGUUACCGAAGGCACCGCAUCAUUUCAGCAGAUGGAGAAAUUAUCAGGAUAUCACCCGAUCCCGAUGUUCUUUCGCGAAAACAUUUACACGGCAUUGUAUUCGAAGGUGUUUCUGGAGCUUACAGAAAAAUUAAAACCCAUCAAGCGCUGCGACACUUUAUUAGUUCAUUCGUGACGGCCCUUCGGUUCUUCACCAUCCGCGAAAGAGGACCAAUAGAAAAUAUGUAUCAUUUUUUCCAGAGUAAUUUGUUGAAUCAGUGGGAAACAACGACUCUGGCGCAAAUCACAGAAAAAGGAAUCCUCAGGACAUUGCAGAAAGAUCUCAACAUCGAUUCAGAACGGCCAGAAACCUGAGAGGCGAUGCAGUUUGUUAGUUCUUUAGUAACGAACGGAAAUUCUUCCCCUCUUAUUGAAUGGCUGAGAAGGAAAAACGAAAAUGACAUGGAAGCCAUGGGGAAAAUUCUACAGGGCACUUUGCUUGAUGCAUACGGUAAACUCAACUCUCAAGACACUUUUGACUCGAAUCAAACCUUUUCUCCAGAAAAAGUUCAAAACGUACUGCGAUCUAUUGAAAGUUGCUCGGGUUUCUGAAGAACGUUUUGCCCAUCGCCUUUCUGGGUGCGUUCAGCCGAUUGAUUGCAAAUGGCUGGCUAAUAUGCUUCCCGAAAUUCAAGCUGGUGUUCGCGCCAGUAUAAUUUCACCCUCUGAAGAUGCCAAAGAAAAACUGCCCAAGCUCCGCACAGUUGUUAUCGAUCCCCACAACGAAUCCUACUCGAUGGAAAUCCGCUUAGAACCGACAGGAUCGCUUUCAAUGGAAGAUCUCAAACAAGCUUUCCAGCUGCUGGAUAUGGCAGUGGACAUAUCUGUGGCGGAUUGCAGUCACAAUACGGAGGACUUGGUGGGUCAAACCAGACGAAACGUCGGACAAAUCGAGCAACUUUCCGAAGUAUUUGGUCUUCUUUUCGCUUCCGGAUGCAUCUCUUAUACUUUCCGUAAGCGGAUCGUCAUUGAAUUGGCUGAUUUGGAAAAGGAGAUUGAUGGACUGAGUGCCAAGCUUGCAGAAUGGAAUCAACGGUGGAAGGAAAUCGAAGAAAUGUCUCUUUUAGCGCUCUUCUCUCGCGGUUACCUUCUCCAGUUGGCCGAUUUGAUUGGCCGGAACAGAAUAGCAGAUGUCCUCUCAAUCUUGAGAAUUCUACUGCCUUCGGCGACAGUAAAAAUGGAAACACUAGUCAAUCAACUGAUUCAAGAAGCCCCUCGCAUCAGCGACACAACGGGUUGGCUGUCAACCCGGCUCAGCUGUUUCAAAUUCUUCGCGAUCUACACCGACUUAUUGAAGCCGAGUUCCACGAGAGAAUUCACGAUCUCGCCCUCCCGGCAUUCCUCAUCUCUUACGGUCGAACGUUAAAGUCUCAUUUUAUCGACAAAUCAGUCGUCAUCUUAAACGUUUCCCGAGAACUACUAGUCGGAAGUGCCUUGGCCGCCUACAUCUUACUGACUCGCCAAUCAUUAGAGCCCAACCGAAUCCUUUUCGUGACGACAAACACGGACAAGCUGGAAGUCGAACGAUUCAUGAAACUUUGGUCUGUAGCUAAUGUUGAUGACGAUGACGAUGAUGAUGUGACUAUGUUGAUGACUCAGGCCGAUUUACACGCAUUGCUUAAGAGUACGUCAUUGAACUUGUGAUUCUCCUGAAGAACUUGCUAAAGGCGAAUACAUUUUGGUUAGCAAUCA